AUGGCUACUGGAAUUCUGAAAGUCAAAGGAAACAAAGUUGUUGACGGCAAUGGAGACGAAGUUCUUCUUCGCGGUGCCGCUAUUGGCGGGUGGAUGAAUAUGGAAAAUUUCAUCACUGGUUACCCAGGUCAUGAGUCGCAGCAUCGACCAGAGAAGUACGAAUUCUUUUUCGAUAAGUGGCUCAAGUAUUUCUUCACGGAGGCGGACGCCAAGUUCUUUGCUGGACUGGGAUUGAAUUGCAUACGGAUCCCGUUCAAUUACCGCCAUUUUGAAGAUGAUAUGAACCCACGGGUACUGAAGGAGUCCGGCUUCAAGCACUUGGAUCGGGUGAUUGACUUGUGCGCAAAAGAGAAGAUAUACACCAUUCUGAAUAUGCACACGGCUCCUGGUGGACAGAACGGAGACUGGCAUUCCGAUAACCCAACCAGCUACGCUGCUUUCUGGGAUUUCAAGGACCAUCAAGACCGGACGAUAUGGCUGUGGGAGCAGAUUGCAGCACGAUAUAAGAACAAUCCAUGGGUUGCUGGAUACAACCCUCUGAAUGAGCCGUGCGAUCCAGAGCACGUCAGGCUGCCGGCUUUCUAUGAGCGUGUCGAGAAAGCCAUCCGAGCUAUUGAUCCAGUCCAUAUCCUGUGGCUGGAUGGAAACACGUUCGCGAUGGAGUGGAAAGGCUUCGAUAAGGUUCUUCCGAACUGCGUUUAUGCUAUGCAUGACUAUUCUUCAAUGGGUUUCCCUACCGGAGAGCGCUACAAGGGAACUCCUGAACAAAAGGAACACCUUGAACGGCAGUACCUUCGCAAAGCCGAGUUCAUGAAUACAAACGGCACAGCAAUCUGGAACGGCGAGUUCGGUCCCGUCUACGCCAACCCCCGCACGGAGACAGAGGCAGAAACCAUCAAUCAAGAGCGUUACAGCCUUCUGGGAGACCAGCUUCGUAUCUACGACAAGUACAACAUCCACUGGUCUAUUUGGCUGUACAAGGACAUUGGACUGCAGGGAAUGAUCCACACAAGCCCGGACAGCAAAUGGAACAAGACGAUCCAGCCCUUGCUGGAGAACAAGAAGAAGUUCUGGCUUGAUGCAUGGGGCAGAGAGCCAUCGGCAGAGCCUGAAGCAGCACUCAAGCCAUUGGUUGAUUGGAUCGACAAGGUCAGUCCAAGAGCAAAGGAAACGUACCCCACCCCUUGGCAUACCGAGCGUCAUCUACUGCGGAACGUCUUCCAGACAUUCUUGGCAGCAUCUUUUGUAGACGAGUUCGCGGAGCUAUUCAGAGGAAUGGAUGAGAAUGAGUUGGAGGCGUUGGCACACAGCUUUCACUUUGAUGAGUGUGUGCAGCGAGGAGGACUGAAUGAAAUCCUGAGGGAACAUGCUCGUGCAACGAAGCACUGA